AUGGAGUCCAACAACUGCAUAAGCUGUGGUAAAUUAUUUUCAUCUUUAAAAAACCCUGGAAAUAAGAGAAGCCUCUCUUCUAAAUUGGUUAGAAUUGACAGAACUGUCAAAGAUGUUUUGCAAAAAGACUUGGGUGUGAAUUUUACCCCAGAGCAGAAGAAAAAGAGAUUUUUGUGUCCACAAUGUAGUUGGAUCAUUUCUUCAUUUGCCAAAUCCCAAGAAGCUAGUGCACAGGCCCUCAAAAAGAUCAAAGAGACAGCUCAUGCCAGUCAUGGACCAACCUAUCUGGCAAAGAAACUUAGGAGUCCUAUGAUCACACCAAGGAAAAUUAAAAAGUUGCGAACUGUGUCUCCACAAAAGCCCCAACAAGCACCAUCAGAAACUGGCGAGAGCACAUCCCAUACACUGGAUGUACAGACUAAGAAGAAGAAGAAGUUAACUAAGGCUGAAGUAGAUGUCAAUAGGGCAUUAACUUACCUGAGACUAAGGCAGUAUAGAAGGGGAUUAAAACUGUUAAUGAGUACCAGAUCAGGAGCCCUGAAAGCUUUCUCCACUCUACUUAAAGAAACUGUUCAGGAGGAGAUGGGAAUUUUUUUGAGACAGAGUGAAUCAAAGUUUGGGGCACGUAAAGGUAUUGAAGAGUGGAGAGAGUUUCAAUGGAAUGAUUUCCUUGAUGAGAUGAAGGUGCAUUGUCCUCUACUCACUUCAUGUUUACUUGGGGCACAGAAGAGACAGUGA